GUUUGCUUUGAUCGCUAGAACCGAAAAAGGGGAAGGUCGAUUGAUUGGACCAUGAAUGAAUGCGCGCCAGAAUGAAUCGGUAGAUUGAAUGAAACCGUGCGGCCAUCUUGAACUCCAUUCGUUGGUCCUGUCCGAGUACAGGAAAUUGUGUCGAGCCCGGAAGGAGCAUAAUUGGUUCCAUUAUACAACAACUGCAGCAUAGUUGUUCGACCUUUCCGUAAGGUGGUGAGAAAGAGUGAGUUCCGGAACUCGAGACAUUCAUCCUCCACCGUACCGUGCCCAUUACCAUCGGCGUCCUGUGUGCGUGUGUGUUGUGUGUGUGCGAGGAGCACCGGAGGGGUGAGUGAGACGCGGGAACCGACGGAAAGGCAGCCAACCCGGAAAAAAGCCGUCAAGGUGGCCGCGACGAAGAGAUCCCGCGGGACCUCGGCGUCCGAAGGUCGCCUGGCAACGACGGCAACAACGGCGGCGUCGGUGGAACACACUAGCGCCACGACGGGCGGCGCCGGCGACAGCAGCACCAUCAACAACACCGGCCCCGUCGGUCCCUCCUCCUCCUCCACCGCCACCGCAGGCCCCGCUCCGGUCGAUCCUUCCGGCGGUAGCCUUCGGUCCUCGCAGCACUCCCGCCAAGGAUCGGUCGAUGGCGUGAUGCAACGAUGCGGCCUCUGCUCCAUCAUCUCGAGUCUGCUGCGGCGCGCCAUGUGCGUCGGGUCGCGGCGUGGUAGCGGGGAAUCGUACUACCAGGAGCUAGCGGAAACCAAUGUACGUCAAUGCGUUAAAUAUAAUGAAUCUGCUACCAUCGCGGACGUCGCCACGAUGGAAACGACGGACAGUUCGAGCUACAAACGACUGAUAUCAACCACAUCCAGCAACGUUCCACCGGUUGCGGCCGGGACGACGCAAGUGACGAUCACCACCGCAACACCCACGGCCGACAUGCUGAUGCACGAUCCGGACGACGACGAGCGGCGCAGCCGAAGCAACAGUCUGAACGGUGCCCGUGGCGCCUCCCUGCGACGAAUCUCCGAGCACGAUCGGCCCCUCUUCGAGGCGCUGCUGGCGGAAGAGCGGGGCGAACUGCCCCGGCGGCGGCACGCCUGUACCGGCCGCUUCCUCACCAUGCACAAGCGCCGCAGGAAGAAGCUGCUGACGCGCAGCCUCGCCCUCGACCAGGCCAUCCUGGACGAUGUGCUGCACGGGCAGGUGCAGUGCAUUCUCGAUCGCGUGAACCACUGGCGCUUCAAUGCGUUCACCCUGGAGACCGUUACCGGUGGACGCUCACUGCCGGUGUUAUGUGUUCAUCUGUUCCACUGGUACGGCCUUCUGGACCACUUCAACCUAGACGUAGUUAGAGUAUGGAAAUUGUUUAGCUUAAUCGAGGAAGGCUACCACAGCACGAACCCGUACCACAACUCGAUCCACGCGACGGACGUGACGCAAGCGAUGCACUGCUUCCUGCAGGAGAAGCGCAUCCUGGAGAAUUUGAGCCCGCUCGAGAUCAUGGCGUCGCUGAUCGGCGCGGUGACGCACGAUCUCGACCACCCGGGCGUCAACCAGCCGUUCCUGAUAGCGACCUCCAACCACCUGGCGGCGCUGUACGAGAACACGUCGGUGCUGGAGAACCACCACUGGCGGUCGGCGAUCGGGUGUCUGCUCGAGAGCGGCGUCGCCGAGCAGGUGCACGACAUCCGGCCGGAGCUGGAGAAACAGAUUAGCUCUCUAAUACUGGCGACCGACAUCACGCGGCAGCAGGAGUUCAUCGGCAGGUUCCGCGACUACCUGAGCCGCGAUGCGCUCGACAUGCGCGACACCGCCCACCGCCACUUCAUACUGCAGAUUUCGCUCAAGUGCGCCGACAUCUCGAACCCGUGCCGGCCGUGGGACAUCAGCAAGAAGUGGAGCAUGAAGGUGUGCGAGGAGUUCUUCCGGCAGGGUGAUUACGAGCGUCAGCUGAACCUACCGGUGACGUCGCUGUGCGACCGCCAGACGACGACGGUGCCGAAGAUCCAGACCGGGUUCUUCAAGUUCGUCGUCACGCCGCUGAUGGACGAGUGGCACCGGUUUCUCCGGACCGAUCUGUCCUACUCGAUGAUGCACCACCUGAAGUACAACCAGACGCAGUGGGAGAGCAAGCUGCAGGCGGAGAUCAACGAGGAGACGCGCACCGAAAUCUCCGACGCCGAGCUGCUCGACGACGAGGAUAUCGACGAGAACGGUGGCCACGGUGGUGACGACGACGAGUGCGACGCGGCGCUUCAGCUGGCCGACCUUUCCGACAGCUCGGAGGUGCUCCUCCCGGCCAUGGCAAUGUCGAAGCUCGGCCGCCGCAGCUCGCUGCAGGUUGCCGCUUCCAACCACGGGUUUGGCGGUAGGGCACGGAACGAUCGGCGCCUGUCCGUACCGGCCACGCACUGCAUCCCGAGGAUAAUUCUCCCGGCGAAGGAACCAUCGUCGGGCAGUGGGCGGGGCGCGAGUGGCGGCGAAUACAGCCUGCCGCACGAAUCGAUUCAGGAGAGUGACGAGCACCGGUUCGACAACGACUCCCUGUCGAUCUUCUCCUCCGACAGCGACAGUCUUCACCGGGGAGCCCGUGGUUCCUCGACCGGAAGCACCGCCGACCGGGAGCGACCGCUGAGUGCCGAAAAUCUCCUGCCCGACUGCAGCAUCGCGUCGAUGACGGACGGAGCGUGCGGGGAUCGCAUCAAUCUCGUUAUGCACGGCGCGGCCAGCAUGGGCAACACGGCCAACCUGCUCUCGGUCGGUACCUCGAAGCAUCUGAUCCGGCAGCAAACGUUCCCACCGCUGCAGCCGUACGUCCGCACGCGCUACAUGUCCUCGCAGGCGGAACUCGGCGCCUGCCCGGAGGCGCUGCUCGAGUCGUCGAGUAGCAACUCGAGCAGCAGCUUGACCGCGCGCGCCCACCACUCGGACACGGUGGCGGCGCUCGGCUCGGGGGUGGAAUCUCGUGGACGCAUCCUUUCGUCGGCCUCCCGGAAGGAGAGUGGCAAGCGGGAACAGCAGCGGGACGAGGCGACCGGUUCGUCGCAGGCGGACGCUGGUGCGAACGGUGGCAAAAUCAAGGUGCCAAAGCUGUCCCUCGGCCAGAAGGAGAACCUCGAUCCGGUGAUGCUGAAGCGCAGUCUCAGCAGGCGGCGCGGGUCAGCCCCGGUGACCGUGGCAUUACCACCGAAGCAAUCGGCCACGGCAGGGUCGACCGGAGAUUCCAGUACCGCCACGGCCGCCGGAACCGCCGGUGGCAUCGCGGGUGAGCCGGCGAAAUCGUUCGUCAUCAAAACGUGCGAUCUGAUGCGUCGAGGAUCGAUGCCGGUCGAUGUUCUUUUCCAUACCAGAGAUCUUCCAGCGCCACAGGGCACGACCGGGGGUAAUGGCGGAAACAGCUCCGUCCACCCGGUUGCCACCCUGCCGAACAGCCUGAUGGGACCACCGAGCAGCAUCCAGCGCCGUGGAUCGGUGCCCUGCGACAGCAGCAACGUGUCCCUGCGCAGCAGUUUCAGCAUCAAGCGCCGCAGCACGAAAAAAGCGAUCCGUCGACGGUCGUCCGGCGGGGCCGAAAUCCUCAGUCCGAUCCUCUCGGAAGACGCCGGUGCGGACGGUGGCAACGGAGGCGGUGGUUCCUCAUCGUCUUCCGCCUGGUACCGGAUCAAGCGCGAUGCCAACUCGGGCCACCGGCGCAGCGAUAACGAAAGUCUGCUGUCUCGGCGUCGUGGUUCCCUGCCGGUAGAGGUCCUCGCAAUCGGUUACUCGGGAACCCUGCGCCACUAGAGCCAAUUCGAAUUUGUGUUUGUCCGCAUCCAUUCCAUCAACGGCCGGGUACCGAAAUGGCAGACCCCGUAAGAAAGACCAAACUCCCAGCUUCAGCGAGAACGGGCCAAAGGGCUCGCCCUUUGUGGAGAAAAAAUUAUGCCUCCCAACCGUACGGCAGCAACUGUUGUGGAAAGAUGAUGUCCAGAGUGAGGAGAAGGAGAAAAACUAAACCCCUUUUGCUCAUUGCCCUACCACCGAUGCUUCCCGCCUAUGUUUGAAUGUAAUAAACGGAACUGAACAAAAAAUUAAUUUAAAAACGGCAACAAAACUAAGCGCACUCGCAAAAUGAUGCGGCGAUGGUGCAAACAAAAAAAAAACACACAAACAAAAAUACACGAAAAACAGGUGUGAAUGAAAGACCUUUUAUUGUAGUGCGUUUGCGCUAGUAACAAAACACCGUAGAUUACAAUUGAGAGUGGGAGAGAGCUAAACAUCGGAAAAUGAAAGAUAUCGUAUAAAAUAUUAAAAAAACAUCCAACCGUUGAUAAGUGUGCAUUGGUGUUGUAGCAUGUAGUGUUAGGAGGGAGAAGUAAAUCUAAAACAACACAACACAAUAACACACAAACAAAGACACAGUGGUAGAGGAGUAGGAAAAUAUGUCCCUCUAGUUAGAAAGAAACGGUGCUUAAAACAUGAUGAACCCGAAGGAAACUGGCACCACUAGCGACUAGCGCAAAUUACGGGGUGCAUUACAUUAUUAUUAUUAUUACUUUUAUGAUUAUAUAGGUGGCUAUAGGCUAGACGAACGAAAGGCGGACGAUCCACGGAUGUGGUUUUAGUUUGAAGAACAAAGAAAAAAACACACACACAGAACUAUACAUACAAACUUCGCGAGUAAGUGCCAUCUCGCGAGGCGAAAUCAUUCGAUUUGGAGGGCGCAAACCCAAUUGGAGAGCUUAUUAUAAAAAGAAAAAUCUUUAACACGAUAGAAAACAAACAAACAAACAAGAAAAACCAAAGGCGCGCGCGUAGCACAUCAACCCCAUCCGACCACCGUCGUACCACUUUCAUCCACUUUAGCUACUUAUAUACAACUGGAUCUUUGCGGAGAACUUUUCGGAGCAACAAAAAAAAUAAGCAACCGACAACCUUUCAUACCCGGAACCGGAUUUCCGGAUUAGGAACAAUAUUUAUAGUACAC